UUUGAAUCCUGCGACCUGGGUUCGACUCCCGGUAGGACCUUCUUUUUUUUAAUUCAUUUUCUUUUAUUGAAUACCGGAGAAGAUCUACUACAUGUUAUUAUUAUUUUGCUCUUUUUACUUCGUUCAAGUUAUUCCUAAAUCCGACGAUGGAAGAGAAAUUCAAAACCCUAGAAAUUGUUGAGAAAAUCCCAAAAUCCGGUGUGUUUUAUCUUAACCUUAAUCGCCCCUCACAGCGCAACGCUCUGACGCAUGAUUUCUUCUCUGAAUUCCCCAAAGCCCUGUAUGCACUCGAUCACAACCCUGAUGUCAACGUUAUCGUUUUGUCCGGCGCCGGAAAACACUUCUGCUCCGGCAUCGAUCUUUCCCUUUUGAAUUCUACCGCCGGGGAAUUGUCCGGGGAGAGUCUCCGUCGACAGAUCUUGGCGAUGCAAGAUUCGAUCACUGCUCUGGAACGAUGCCGUAAGCCUGUGAUUGCAAGUAUACACGGAGGUUGCAUCGGUGGUGGAAUCGACAUCAUAACCGCGUGUGACAUAAGGGUUUGCACGGAGGAUGCGUUUUUCUCGGUGAAAGAAGUGGAUUUGGCUUUGGCGGCUGAUUUGGGAUCACUUCAAAGACUACCGAGUAUUGUUGGUUUCGGCAAUGCGAUGGAGUUGGCUUUGACUGCUAGAAGAUUCUCCGGUUUGGAGGCAAAAGAGUUGGGUCUGGUUUCUGGCGUUUUUCAUUCGCAACAUGAGCUUGAUGAGGGUGUUAGGGAACUUGCUCAGGGAAUUGCUAGCAAGUCACCAGUUGCUGUUGUUGGAACAAAGACUGUGUUACUUAAGAGUAGGGACUUGACAGUGGAUCAAGGGUUGGAUUUUGUUGCAACUUUAAAUUCUGCAAGAUUGUUAUCCAGUGACUUAGUUGAAGCAGUUGCUGCAGUGAAACAGAAAAGAAGGCCAGUUUAUUCUAAGCUCUAAUUGUUCAAUAUGUAUUUGAUGAUGAGAUACAAAUAAGACAUUUGGCUAUGCCAGGAAAUAAAGGUAGCUGUUGCUAUUGUAUGCAUUACACAGAAGUGCUUCUACAACUGAAGAAAUGUAGUUAACUUCCCCCUUCCUAAACCCUGUUUUAAGUUGUGCAUUAUAGUAGCAAUUACAAACUUGUUCCUAAAUCAUUUCCGUAUCAUUUAGGUCAACUACUGGUAAGGACAUUGUAUUGGAGGCACCUGUCCCCACUCACGCAUACGAUUUUCUUAUUUUGCUAUUAUUUAUUAUAUUUUUUUAUUUCCAAA